AUGGUCGGAAGGCCUCGGAGUCAAGGGUGCGAAAAUUGUCGGAAAAGGAAAAAGAAGGUAGAGGACUAUCUAUUGGCCGGGCUGUUGCGCCUUUUUCUUUGUGGAAGAGAAGAGCCCAAGUGCAUAGCCUGCGAGAAAGCUGGCUGGAUCUGUCCGGGUUAUCUCCGCCAAUGGAAAUUCGUCGACCAGACUGAUGCCAUGGCAAAGCUCUACUCUAAGAAAUGGUAUAUUUUCGAGGAGAACUACCUUGAUUGCUCGAAGACUCCCUCAAAUAGCCAAGAGACUGUGCUUUGGGACUUAAAUUUGCACUUGGUGGGUGAGAAGAUCUCGUCCGUGUUAGUCUACUUGCUGGAAAAUCCCCGGAGCCAGGCAAUCUUUCCUCUCGCAUCCCACGGCAGCUUCUAUUCAAUCAUCCCUAGUCGGUUAGGUCACAAUGCGGCUUUGGACUCAGCUGUUUCGUGCAUGUGCAACGUCUUCAUACACUUUAUGUCAGGACAGUCGAAAGCCACCGCCGCGAUCAUUGAAGAAUAUGUAAAAAGUCUGCAAACGCUGCGCGGUGUGCUUGACAACCCGCGGUUACGACGGCAUGCGGAGACGCUGUGUGCGUCCAUAAUCCUACAACUAUGCGAGCUUCUGUUGAAUAAGGACUUUGGCCAAUGGAUUGAUCUUUGCCAAGGGUCGAAGCGUCUUAUCGAAGAACGUGGACCUAACGGAUUCCCAGAACAAUUUGAAAGGGAGUUGCUUGAAUCGCAGCAGGGUUUCAUUCCGUCCUUCUUGGCACAGCCGGACUGGCGACACCUGAUGGACAACUUAGACAACGGGAUCGCAGUACGACUGCAGCUUUGCAGCCAGUUGUUAGAUGUACCAGUGCUUUUGGCGGAAGCGUCUAGUGUACUGGCACGGCAACUGACUAGAGCAGAACCUUGUCUGUUUGAAAUCAAGGACAUCACCAGUCGUAUGCUGACCCAGCAUGACAAGUUCGAAGCAUGGUAUCUCGAACAGAGAUGGCCACGACCUAUCGAUAACACAUUGUCUGACUCCACUCAGCCUCUCUACCCAAAUCUUCUUUACGCUGUUUUCGACUUUUUGUCAAACUUGAUUCUCAUCGUGAUGGAAAGGGUCUACUACCGGCUGAUAGACUUCCAACCAGUCAUACACCGACAGGGGUCUGCUAUAUGCCCAACUGCUCGUCAUCGAGCAAGACAGGAGCUUAUGGAUGGAGCAAUAUCAUUUGUGAAGAGGUAUUCGAGAGCCGCGGCUAAGCCAAUUGAAUAUGAAGCCCAACGGCUAAGAAAUUCUGGUCUGGCUAUCAAAUCACUUUGGUAG